UAUGAACUCGAACUCCCGAACUCAUGAUACCUUAUCAGAUCCGAAGCCAAUACGGAUUUUACUAGUUGUAAUUGCACAUUAUGGAAUAUCAUUAUUUUAACUUUUACGAUUUUAUAGCUUAAUAACAAUAUUAUAUUUUACAUGAAAUGUACAAGUUAAUUACUGAUCUAAGUCUAAUACCUCUAUUAUAGGGGUGGCUAUUUGGACCGGGACCGGAUUAAAAACCGGAAACCGGACCGUAUAACCCGGACCGAGACCGGACCGGGACCGGAUAGUAAACAAUCCAAUCCAAUCUUUGGGCUUAGAUUUGUGGUAAAAAACCGGAUAAAGACCGGAUAAGAGAGCUCAACACCCAAAACUUAAGGGUAAUUUGCAUAAACGGUCACAAACCUUUGCACUUAGUACAAAACUUAACCAACUCAUCACCCUUUAAGGCCUUAGGCCACUCAAAUCCACAAUCUCAAUGUAAAAUCAAGACCGAAUUGGGACCGGACCGGAUCAAAACCGGACCGGAUCAAGACCGGACUGUAUCCAAUCCAAUCUUCGGUCCUUAUAUUUUCAAAAAGACCGGACUGGACCGGAUCAAUUUGGGCCAAUUUAACCGGACCGGACCGUAUAGCCACCCCUACUCUAUUAGAUAACUUAUAAAAGACCAGUUGGAAAUUUUCUUAUUUCUUUUAUGUUUUUUUCAAAUGACAAGAUUUAACUUAACUAUCAAAUAAAUUGUAUUUAAUUUUUGUAACUUACUAUCUUUGAUUUAAUUAUCAAAUAAUAAAAGGAAAACUCAUAAACAGGAAGAUGAUGAACAUUGAAAAUAAGUUAAAUGACUAAAAUGAAACUAGCAAAGAAAUUCAGUGAUGAUACGAAGCAUUUUGGCUAUCACCUCUUCGGCGAAAAUCCUACUUCCACAAUCCCGCGCUUAUUCGAAAAUAUCAAUCCAGAGCCGAAACACCGCACUGUCACCCCCUCUCUAGCUCGCUCUCCGGCGGUUCCGUCGAAUUGUUCCAGCAUUCCUUCCCGUCUUCGGUCAAUGGCGGAGAAUCCGAUCCUUCUCUCCGACGAAGACGCCGACGAUCCAGGCACUCCGAUUCCACCCCUCUCCAAGAGGCUCCGCGCCGCUCGAGCGGAGCUCGGCCUCGACCCGGCCCCUACCAUCUUCCUCAUCGACGACGAUCCCUCUCCGUUCAAGCCGUCGCCGAAUUCCUCAUCCGCUCCCUCUGUCGUCCCGGAAACUCCGAUGUCUGAUGUCGCCGCCGCUGGGAGACGCACGGUGGACCUUUCGACUCCCGAAAUUAGGGUUCCUGAUUUCGGCCUCAUCGGCGAUGAUCCCUCUCCGUUCAAUCCGAAUCAGAAUUCCUCAUCUACUGCCACUGUCGUCCCGGAAACCCCGAUGUCUGAUGUCGCCGCCGCUGGCAGAUGCACGGUGGACCUUUCGACUCCCGAAGUUAGGGUUUCUGAUUUCGGCCGUAAGAUUUCUGGAAAUGGCGGAGUGACGCGCUUGGAGCCGGAACGUUUCGAGUCGGUUGAUUGCUCUGGUAGUGGAAAAUGGCGGGAGAAUGAGACCGUGGAUAUUGACGAUGAGGGCGAUGAUGAUGAGGCCCUAUGGAGGUCUAGAUUCUCUGCAUCAGUUGAUUCACUUGGUGGUGCUAAUCUCAGUCAGAUGUCGUCUGGAGUAAACUCUUCUCAGUCAAUGUUGUUAGAAAAUGAUCAGUCACACGACAACCCUGACAAAGAGAAUCUGGGGAUGGAGCAGAUGGAUGGUAUUGUUAAACAGAAAAGGAGAUCCAAGAGCAAGUCAGAAGAGAAAAGUAGUAAUCCAGAUGAAGCAAUUGAAAAGAAGAGGAAAGUGAAAGAAGAAAGGGCCCGUUUGAUGGAAGAAAAGAAGCUAAAAAGAGAAGAGGAGAAGCUGCAAAAGGCAGCUCUGAAAGCUGAAGCAGCAGAGUUGAAAAAGCUCGAGAAAGAGAAACAGAAAUGGGAGAAAGGGAAGUUGGCCCUAAAAUCAAUUGUUGCUCAGUUGGAUGCCAAAGUAGUGGAGCAGGCCUCAGUUGGAGGACAUCUUCUGUCCAGGUUUGCUGAGAAAGGGCUUACAUACCAUAUAACAUCACAUCCAAUUGAAAGAUCAAUUAUGUGGUCAAUGAGUGUGCCAGAACAUCUUGCGCAGCUUUCGAUCCAAGAACAAGAUGUGCGAUACAUUUUAUUCAUCUAUGAAGCUGAGGAAUUCUGCAAUCUUGUAAACAGCGAAUUAAUUAUUAAACAUGUAUGCGAAGUUCGAAGUCAGUAUCCAUCUUACACAGUUUGCUACCUGACGAAUAAGUUGAUGGCUUAUAUUAAUAAAAGGGAAAAGGAGCUGUACAAGAACCCAGAAAGUGGUAGCUCUUGGGUUCGUCCAGCUAUUGAAGAGAUGCUGGCAAAAUUAACCACCCACUUUGAUAAGGUAUAUUACAGGCACUGUAGAGAUGAAGCUGAAGUUGCAGAACAUGUAGUUGGUUUGACAAGUAGUUUAGCUUCUUGCCAAUACAGAAAAAAGUUAACACGUCUCUCAGUUAAUGCCAAUGGGUCUGCUGUACCAAAGGAUUUUAUUGACAAGAAUCUGAUAAAAAAGAGUCCAUGGCUAAAAGCUCUGGUUGCAAUUCCCAAGGUGCAGCCUCGUUUUGCUGUUGCUAUAUCGAAGAAGUAUCCUACAAUGAGGUCAUUGUUGAGCAUAUAUAUGGACCCCACCAAAACGGUUCAUGAAAAGGAGUUCCUGCUUGCGAACCUGACCGUAGAAGGGUUGACGGGAGCUGACAGAAGAGUUGGUGAAAUAUGCUCGAAACGAGUCUACAGAAUAAUGAUGGCGGAAAGUGGAAGCAUCAAAACUGACGAUGUUGAAGAUGGUGCUGAUUACUUUCAGCGCUAAUCUCCACCUCUUUCCAGGAUUCAAGCAUCACGAACCAAGUCAGAGUCUGGUCCAGGUUCCAUACAUAAACUUUACUAUGCUCUGCGCUUUUCUUCUUCUUCUUCUUCUAUGAUUCUAUCUCCAGCUCAAACCUGGACUACAGAUAACAAUGCGUAGGGUGCACAUUACAUUCUCCCUGAUCAUAAUGCUUAAGUUUCUUAGCCGUCACUACGAGUAGUGUAGACAAAGUUCAUUAGGAGGAGGAACUAUAGACAAAAUUUGUGAACAAUACCAUCAGUACUAGCAAACCUAUCCUCUCACCUAUACUAUUCUGCAGAAAUGCCUGUCAUUCAGAAUGAUUGAAAUCUGAACAGCUUUAGACCAAGUUUUCGGGUUUGGGUCUGCAGUGUAUUUGCAACCCAAAAUACCAAGAAACAAAUUAGUUGGUUAGGUGGGCCACUGACAGUUGGGUCAAGGGUGGAUUUUCAAUAUGGGCUGACGUCCGUAUGCACCAACUGUCCACCUAAUUCUUUAUUGAUGGUGGCACUAACACACACUGGAAUACAUCUUCAGUGUUUGA